AUGCAGUCGUUCAACAUCGCUCUGGAGCAGUUCUCGCGGCUGCUGCGGGGUCACAGCCCGACACGGGAGCAGUGCAUCGCGCUGUUCGGGCUGCGGCCGCUGGUCUACACCCCGCAGCUGCCUGGGCGCGCCAAGCUGGCCUUCGCGCUCCCCGGCGUGCUCAUCUUCGCCCUGGCGCUCUUUGGCAACGCGCUGGUGGUCUACGUGGUGACCCGCAGCGAGGCCACGAGCACCGUCACCAACAUCUUCACCUGCUCCUUGGCGCUCAGCGACCUGCCCAUCGCCUUCUUCUGCAUGCCGGUCACUAUGCUCCAGGACAUCUUCAACAACUGGCUGGGGGAGUCUAGGCCUUGGGCCUGCAGCAUGAGCAUCACCUGGAACCUUGAUCAGUGUGAAGCUGGAGGAAAGGGCCUGCAAGAGGCAGGGACCAAGGAUGCAGAGAGGUCAGCAGCAGUAACUAAGCAGUGGUCUGUUCACGCUCAUGAUCUGGUGAGCACAGGGCCGCACUACCUCAAAUCUCCCCCUUCCAUCUUCAUUGCACUCUGUCAACAGAUGAAAAGAAUUGAGAUUAAGUAUAACUCCUUAUACGAAAAAGAGCACAUCUGCUGCUUGGAAGAGUGGACCAGCCCUGGGCACCAGAAAAUCUAUACUACCUUCAUCCUUGUCAUCCUCUCUCUUCCUCUUAUGGUGAUGCUUAUCCUGUACAGUAAGAUCGCCUAUGAACUUUGGAUAAAGAAAAGAGUGGGGGAUGGCUCAGUGCUUCGAACUAUUCAUGGAAAAGAAAUGUCAAAAAUUGCCAGGAAGAAGAAGUGAGCUGUUGUUAUGAUGGUGACAGUGGUGGCUCUCUUUGCUGUGUGCUGGGCACCUUUCCACGUUGUUCACAUGAUGACUGAAUACAGCAAUUUUGUAAAGGAAUAUGUUGAGGUUACAAUCAAGAUGAUUUUUGCUGUAGUUCAAAUAAUUGGAUUUUCCAAUUCCAUCUGUAAUCCAAUUGUUUAUGCACUUAUGAAUGAAAACUUCAAAAAGAAUUUUUUAUCUGCAGUUUAUUAUUGCAUAGUAAAAGAAACCUUAUCCCCAGCACAAAGGCACGGAAAUUCAGGAAUUACGAUGAUGCAGAAGAAAGCAAAGUUUUCCCAGAAGGAGACCAAAGGAGAAGCAUUCAGCGAUGGCAACAUUGAAGUCAAGUUGUGUGAACAACCCGAGGAGAAAAAACAUCUCAAACGACAUCUUGCCUUCUUUGAUUCUGAACUUUCUGAGAUUUCUGCUUUAGGCAGUGGGCAUUAA